GCAAGAGUAAGAGAGAGAAAAAGAACAUAAAACACAAACUGAUGAACUGAGCCCAAUGCACUACUAGCAUUGUAGUAGUAGUACUAGAGAGUAGAGACACCCUUCAACCACAAGGCAUAUAUAUCUCAAAAGACAAAGCAGUUCUUGCCACACAGAGAACAUAUUCCCUUCUCCCCCCUAAUCUCAUCUCAUCUUCAACGUGAAGCUUCAUCUUCUCACCUCCAUAAUUUUCCUCUGAAGCUUCUCAAGAUUCUUGCAUGCCUUUACCUUAGUACUACCUCUCUAUAUCUCACUGAAGCAGAUAGAUAGAUUGAUAGAUAGAUAGAUAGAUAGCUUCCAAUGCCAUUGCCAAUGGCGGCAGUGUAGAUUUGAUUAGCUUGUCAAAACCUCGGCUUCUCACCAAUGGCGUCGUGUCGUCGUCCUGCUCCUCUUCGCCUUGUCGUGUUCUUGGCCAUCGUCUUGCUGCGCUGGUCGACCAAUGGCAACGCCACCGCCGGUGGCGACGACGCGCUGCGCGGCGACGCGCUGGCGCUGGUGAGGCUCAGGGCGUCGCUGCGGUGCCACGCGCACGCGCUGCGUGAUUGGUCGGCGGGCAAUGUCGCCGCCGUGUGCGCGUGGACCGGGGUGCGGUGCGCCGGCGGCCGGGUGGUGUCGGUGGACGUUGCCAACAUGAAUGUGUCCACCGGCGCGCCCGUGUCGGCGGCGGUGGCGGGGCUCGACGCGCUCGCCAACCUCUCGCUCGCCGGGAACGGCAUCGUGGGCGCGGUGACCGCGUCCGCGCUCCCGGCGCUCCGGUUCGUCAAUGUCUCCGGCAACCAGCUCGGCGGCGGCCUCGACGGCUGGGACUUCGCGUCGCUGCCCAGCCUCGAGGUGUUCGACGCGUACGACAACAACUUCUCCUCCCCGCUCCCCGCCGGCGUCGUGGCGCUGCGCCGGCUCCGGUACCUCGACCUCGGCGGCAACUUCUUCUCCGGCGAGAUACCCGCGGCGUACGGCGGGAUGGCGGCGCUGGAGUACCUGUCCCUCAACGGCAACAACCUGCAGGGCGCGAUCCCGCCGGAGCUCGGCAACCUGACCAGCCUCAGGGAGCUCUACCUCGGGUACUACAACGUGUUCGACGGCGGCAUCCCGCCGGAGCUCGGCCGGCUGCGCAACCUCACCAUGCUGGACAUCUCCAACUGCGGCCUGAGCGGCCGCAUCCCGCCGGAGCUCGGCGCGCUCGCCGCCCUCGACACGCUGUUCCUCCACACCAACCAGCUGUCCGGCGCCAUCCCGCCGGAGCUCGGCAACCUCACGGCGCUCACCGCGCUCGACCUCUCCAACAACGCGCUCACCGGCGAGGUCCCCGCCACGCUCGCGUCGCUCACCUCGCUCCGGCUGCUCAACCUCUUCCUCAACCGCCUCCACGGGCCCGUCCCCGACUUCGUCGCCGCGCUGCCGCGGCUGGAGACGGUGCAGCUGUUCAUGAACAACCUCACCGGCCGCGUCCCCGCGGGCCUCGGCGCGAACGCGGCGCUCCGGCUCGUGGACAUUUCGUCGAACAGGCUGACCGGCAUGGUGCCGGAGAUGCUGUGCGCCUCGGGGGAGCUCCACACCGCCAUCCUCAUGAACAACUUCCUCUUCGGCCCCAUCCCCGCCUCGCUCGGCUCGUGCUCCAGCCUCACCCGCGUCCGCCUCGGCCAGAACUACCUCAACGGCACCAUCCCCGCCGGCUUGCUCUACCUGCCACGCCUCAACCUGCUCGAGCUCCAGAACAACCUGCUCUCCGGCGAUGUCCCGGCGAACCCGAGCCCGGCCAUGGCGGCCGCCUCGCAGUCGUCGCAGCUGGCUCAGCUCAACCUCUCCAGCAACCAGCUGUCCGGACCGCUGCCGAGCUCCAUUGCCAACCUCACCGCGCUGCAGACGCUGCUCGUCAGCAACAACCGGCUCGCCGGCGCCGUGCCGCCGGAGGUCGGCGAGCUCCGGCGGCUGGUGAAGCUUGACCUGAGCGGCAACGCGCUGUCCGGGACGAUACCGGCGGCCAUUGGGCGGUGCGGCGAGCUCACCUACCUCGACCUCAGCAAGAACAACCUCUCCGGCGCGAUCCCCGAGGCGAUCGCCGGGGUACGCGUGCUGAAUUACCUCAACCUGUCGAGGAACCAGCUCGAGGAGGCGAUCCCGGCGGCGAUCGGGGCGAUGAGCAGCCUCACGGCGGCGGACUUCUCGUACAACGACCUGUCCGGCGAGCUGCCCGACGCGGGCCAGCUCGGCUACCUCAACGCGACGGCGUUCGCCGGCAACCCGAGGCUGUGCGGGCCGUUGCUGGGCCGGCCGUGCGGCUACGGCGGCGGCGGCGCCGCCGCCGUGGGGGCGGGCGGGUCGUCGUCGGCGCCGGUGGUGACGACGCGGCAGCGGGCGGCGGGAGGGGACUUCAAGCUGGUGCUCGCGCUGGGGCUUCUGGUGUGCUCGGUGGUGUUCGCCGCGGCGGCCGUGCUCCGCGCGCGCUCCUGCCGCGGUGGCGGCGGACCCGACGGCGGCGGCGCGUGGCGGUUCACGGCGUUCCACAAGGUGGACUUCGGCAUCGCGGAGGUGAUCGAGUCAAUGAAGGACGGGAACGUGGUGGGCCGCGGCGGCGCCGGCGUGGUCUACGUCGGCCGCACCCGCUCCGGCGGCUCGAUCGCCGUGAAGCGCCUCAACACCUCCUCCUCCGCCGCCGCCGCGGGCGGCGGCGAGGCGGCGCGCCACGACCACGGGUUCCGCGCCGAGAUCCGAACGCUGGGCAGCAUCCGCCACCGGAACAUCGUCCGCCUCCUCGCCUUCUGCAGCCGCCGCGGCGGCAGCGGCGGCGGCGAGGCGGCGAGCAGCAGCAACGUGCUGGUGUACGAGUACAUGGCGAACGGCAGCCUCGGCGAGGUGCUCCACGGCAAGGGCGGCGGCUUCCUGUCGUGGGAUCGCCGGUACAGGAUUGCCGUCGAGGCGGCGCGGGGGCUCUGCUACCUCCACCACGACUGCUCCCCGAUGAUCGUCCACCGCGACGUUAAGUCCAACAACAUCCUCCUCGGCGACAACUUCGAGGCGCACGUCGCCGACUUCGGCCUCGCCAAGUUCCUCCGCUCCGGCGGCGGCGCCACCGCCUCGUCGGAGUGCAUGUCCGCCGUCGCCGGCUCGUACGGCUACAUCGCCCCAGAGUAUGCUUACACUCUAAGGGUGGACGAGAAGAGCGAUGUCUACAGCUAUGGAGUGGUCCUCCUGGAGCUCAUCACAGGGCGGCGGCCCGUGGGGGAUUUCGGGGAAGGGGUGGACAUCGUGCAGUGGACGAAGAGGGUCACCGAUGGCCGGCGGGAAAGCGUGCACCGGAUCAUCGAUCGCCGGAUUAGCACGGUGCCUAUGGACGAGGUGGCGCACAUCUUCUUCGUCUCCAUGCUGUGCGUCCAGGAGAACAGCGUGGAGCGGCCGACGAUGAGGGAGGUGGUGCAGAUGCUGUCCGAGUUCCCCCGCCACGGGUCGGACCAGCCGUCACCGUCGUCGUCGGCACCGGAGACGGGGGAGGAGAGCAGCCCUGAGAAGGAGCCCAACUGCUACAAGCUGUUCCCGGACUUGCUGACCUAAGUUGAGAGCAAAGUACCUGUUCUGGUGAUGGGGGCACAAAAACACAAUUCAUUUGCCAUUGUUACAGGACUUGGUGGCAUGAAAGGACUGGAGUAAUUAAGUGGUACUAAUUGAGAAUUUGGAGCCAGCAUUCUAGUGCAAGUUUGUUGGUAGGCAGACAGUGUGGUGGUGACAAGAGCUGGGGAGGAAGAUCAAAUAACAUAUGUAUAACUUUUGUAACUUUAUUUUCUUUCAUCUCCCUCUUUUUUUUUUCCCUAAUUCUUUUGUCAUCAAAGGUGUAUAGGGUUUGAUCAUAUGCUACCUUCUAGGUGAUUGUGCUGUCCAAUGUAAUAGUCACUUCCAUGAUAGCUUUAGCCCUUUGUAAUCUCCUGGUAAUCUUGAGCCACCAUACAUUGUCAUCUCCUUUUACACUAGUUUCCUCUUUAUAUGCUCAUUAUGUACUACUACUGGUUCCAUAUAUACUAUAGUUCAUGGCUUUUUGUAUUA